UUUUCGGCUGAGAGACUCAUGCGCAUGCGCCUUCUUUGUUUGCGGAAGUAGAGCAGCGUGGCAGAUGACGGCAUCGACCAAGAGAUGUUCAAACAUGUUUUCUUGACAGGACCUCCAGGUGUGGGCAAAACCACUCUGGUCCAGAAGGCUUGUGACGCUUUAGUGUCAUCAGGUCAUUCUUUGGAAGGCUUUUACACGGAAGAGGUCAGGCAAAGAGGUCAGCGGACUGGUUUUGAUGUGGUCACAGUGAGAGGAGAAAGAGGCCACCUGUCCAGAAUCAGAGACGUUGCUGGUGCCUCUCACGGCAGACCCGUGUACACAGUUGGCCAGUAUGUGGUUGAUUUAGCUUCAUUUGAAAGCCUGGCUCUCCCCCUCUUCGAGAAGGUGCGCUUAAAAGGCGGCGAAAACAAGACAGUGUUUGUCCUCGACGAAAUCGGGAAAAUGGAACUCUUCAGUCAGCCAUUCAUCAGCGCUGUGAGACAGACACUCGACUGCUCUUCCUGCACCAUCUUGGGCACCAUCCCUAUCCCCAAGGGGAAACCCUUAGGCCUGGUGGAAGAGGUGCGGAUUAGGAGCGAUGUCAGAGUCUUCACUGUAUCGAAGGAAAACAGAAAUUCCAUUCUGCAAGAAAUUCUGUCAGCGCUCCAGCAAAGUUUAAAACAGUAGAGCUAACAUUUGACAUAGAAAACAGAUUUUACGUUUAAUAUUUGAUCACAAAAUGGAUCACACAGCAGGUUACCUUAUGAUUUCAAUACUUCAAUGCUAAUUGUGUGAAAUUAUUUUGAUGUUCAAUUUGAGGGAAUACCCAUUAAAAUCCAGUCACAAUUUAACACUUAAUUUGUUUACUGUAAUUGUUUUAUGUAUUGGAUACAAUUAUUUAAAAUAAAAACUUAUUUUGAC